CACCACCACGCGGUCACUCCACAUGCCGUGAAACUCUGGUGUCGUUCGGUUCGUUCAACCUUUGAUCGCUCUUACCUAAGCGGCUCGUGGUCCCUUGACUGUUUUGGAGUUCCGUUUCUUCCACUGUCCAAUACAGCUUUUCAACCCCUGCUCGACGCUCAGGCACAAGUUUCUGCCUGUACCCGUCCUCGUGUCGCACGACAUGAUGAGUGAUAUUGAUACCGCGUUGUCUGUGACUGAUGUGGAUAGCUAACUCAACACACUGAUCCCACGGUGCCGAGUUACGAGAAGGCACCAACUUCCAUGGCAUUGGGAUCUUGCAGGCCGGAGUGAAGUUCCACAUGUCCAAAUUUGGCAACAUCUUAUCGAUUGGCCCACAUAAACAGACAACCGGAACAUCUGCUCGAGCUAGGUGUCAAGCGUCCUGCACACGAAGCCCACGGUCCUUGAUGAGCAAAUCUUUUUCCGAUUCUGAGGUCACAGGUCGUCAAGACUGUUGCAUCGGGCCGCUGUCACCGACCAGUAACGAGCUUAUAAUGGCCACCCUGUACUGGGCCUUCAGCCGCGAGAAGUGGACGAUGCAGUCAGCAAAUCAAUAUCAACUCACCACUCGUAUUGACGCUCCUCGCCACGAUCCAAUGCUUUGCUGCAUGAGACGAGGCGCUGCGCCUGGUCUUUACCGAUCCACGUUGUUCCGCUCCCAGAACAUGACAGGUCGUGCACUGCACAGCCUCUGUCUCGAGACAUACAAACGGACUAACAUGAUCCUGCAUGACGACGUUACGAGCAAGACCUCAGCGAGAGGAGGAUCUGCGUGCAGGUUCUGUUUGCAGAGAUUUAUGCAGCAGGGUAGAGUUCCCUGCAUGCUUCCUGGUCUCGCCUACGCGCCGCCCAAUCGAAGAAACAGACGUCGAAGGGCGGAUAUAACACACCAGCUGAAAGAUCUCUUUGAGUUGAGUGCUUGAACGACCUUGGUGACGACUUUGCGCAUUGUUCGAGUCUCUAACAUUAUCGUGUUCUCAUUAGAUUGCUAACUCGCCCGACGAUAUUGGACGGCUUCAAAAGUGUAGGGGUCUUUCCACGCCUUCGUACGGGAUACGCCCCGGUGUGUGAGAUACACGUCGAAUGUCAUCACUUGCGAGGAGGACCCAGGGACGGGCGCGCUACCGGUAAUAUG